AUGACUUCUUUCAGAGCCAAUCCGGCGUUCAAGAACGCUCGCCAGAGAAAAGCUUCUUCUCCAGAAUCUUUUGAGAUUGUCGAUUCGGUUUCUACCAACGGCAAUGGCUCGUCAGAAUCUGAAAAGGCCACUAUUCGUGGCGAGUUUGAUCCUAAAUUGUCAUCCACUCAAUAUACAGAUCUGUUCCUUGACUUUAUGAAUACUAGUCCUACUACGUAUCAUGCUGUUAACAGUGUUGCUGAGGUUCUUGAAGCUCAAGGAUUUGUUUAUCUUUCAGAAAGAGAGUCUUGGGAAGACAAGAUCACCAAGUCCAACCGAUUCUACACCACUAGAAACGGUUCGUCGCUUCUGGCUUUUGUUGUUGGAAAAGACUGGGCUCCUGGUAAGGGAGCUGCUAUUAUCGGUUCUCAUAUUGACGCAUUGACUGGUAAAGUCAAGCCUAUCUCCAAAAAGACUCCUGUCGAGGGUUAUGAACAAAUUGGCACUGCUCCUUACUCCGGUGCAUUUAACAGCACCUGGUGGGACCGAGAUCUUGGUAUUGGUGGUCGUAUCAUCACUCGUUCCAAAGAUACCAAGAAAAUCGAGUCCAAAUUAGUGAGAAUUCCUUAUCCAGUUGCCAGAAUUCCCACAUUGGCUCCUCACUUUGGAGCCGUGGCUAGCGGUCCUUUCAACCCUGAGACUCAAAUGACGCCUAUUAUUGGACUUAUUGGCGACGAGGAUCCUGAAUUAGUUGCUACUGCUGACGAGAAACGGUCUCCUCUGAUUGGCAAACACAGUCUUCGAUUAUUGAGAGCUCUUUCCAAACACAGUGGAAUUCCCGUGGGCGAUUUCCUGCAAUUGGAUCUUGAAGUGUAUGACACUCAUCCCGGUACAGUUGGUGGUCUGGACAAGGAGUUUGUUUUCUGUCCUCGUAUUGAUGACAAACUUUGUUCUUUUGCUGCUGUAUAUGGAUUACUCGAGAGUUUGGAGAAGGUUGACGACAACUCAUCAUUGAGUUUUGUAGCUUUGUACGACGACGAGGAAAUCGGCAGUUUGUUGAGACAAGGAGCCGAAUCCAACCUCCUUGAAGGUACUAUUGACCGAUUGCUGGCACUUCACGGCAGUUCAGACGAGGAAUUGAAGAGACUCACCUACGCCAACUCGUUCCUGAUCUCGGCCGACGUGAUCCACGCCGUCAACCCCAACUUCGACAACGUCUACCUCGAGCACCACAAACCCAAGCUCAAUGUGGGAGUCACUGUUUCCUUCGACCCCAACGGACACAUGACCACCGACGCAGUAUCCACUGCUUUUGUUGAAGAGAUUGCCCGUCGCACCGACAACGUUCUCCAGGCGUUCCAAAUCCGCAACGACUCGCGAUCCGGCGGUACCAUUGGCCCCAAACUGUCGUCCAAAACCGGUCUUCGUGCCAUUGACAUGGGAAUUCCCCAGCUGUCCAUGCACAGUAUCCGAGCCACCACCGGGUCCAAAGACGUCUACCUCGGCGUCAAGUUCUUCAAAGCUUUUUUCGAGAAAUGGGAAGAGGUCGACGUCCUCUUCAAACUCGGCGACUUGUAA